GCGCGUUGUAAACAAAUGGGUUUGUUAUUGUGAAUGUAUUUUAUUCGUUUUAUAAUUUAUAUUCUGUUGAUGUGGUGUGAAUUUAUAUAUUUGAAGACUAUUUAAAUAAGUUUCAUUGUAUUAAAAUGCUUUCUUCACGGCCGAAGUUCAUAAAACCUGGAGAAGACACUCUUUAUCCGACAAGAAGAAAAGAUGGUGGAAUUGAGACUCUAGUGAAUCCAAAUAUAGAGUCAGCAUUAUCAAUAGACAAAGAUGCUAAGAGUAAUUUUGUCUACAACCGCUACCAUCAUUUACCUUUGGAAACUCAACGGCAGAAGUUACCGGUGUUUCAGUAUAGGAAUCAUAUUCUGUACCUGCUAGAGAAGUAUCAAACCGUGGUGCUUAUUGGUGAGACUGGUUGUGGGAAGUCUACUCAAGUUCCUCAGUACCUUUUCGAGAUCGGCCACAAAGUAUGCGUAUCUCAGCCCCGUAUAGCAGCAGCUAUAUCGCUAGCGCAUCGCGUGUCCGAGGAACAAGGUUCGAUGCUCGGCGAGGCAGUCGGGUAUGCGGCCGCUAUGACGAGCGAGCGGACGCCUGAAACUGGAAUUGUGUUCAUGACGGAGGGAGUUCUUCUAAGGGAGAUGUUUGCUUCACCACUCCUCAUGCAGUAUUCCUGUAUAGUACUUGACGAGGUUCAUGAAAGAUCACAAAUGACCGAUGUUCUAAUGGGACUCUUGAAGAAGAUUGCUAAAAAACGCAAAAACCUUAAGCUGGUGAUAUCGUCAGCGACCAUGGAUGCAGAGUUUCUUCGCGACUUCUUCAACCUAACGGAGAAGAAACAGAGCGAUAGAGGAUCGACUUCUGUCAUCAUGUCCAUACAGGGACGCACGCAUCCCAUUGAUGUGUUUUAUAGUGAAGAGCUAGUACCAGACUACGUCAAGGCAACAGUCGACACCGCCAUCAAAAUACAUGAGAAUCAACCUUUUGGAGAUAUCCUUGCUUUUCUGACGGCACAGGAAGAAAUCCAUGCAGCUUUGGAAACCCUUCAAACUUACGUGGAGCAGAACAACACAAGCAACCAGCAUAGGAAGUACUUCCCUAGCGGCAUGCAAGCGUGCAACCUCAGCGUGGUACCGAUGUACGGCAGUCUACCCUUAUACAGACAAGUGAAGGCGUUUCAAAUGUCAGCCACCAACGAGAGGAAACUUGUGCUGGCCACCAAUAUUGCAGAGACCAGCCUAACAAUACCAGGAAUCAGUUAUGUGAUAGACUGCGGGUUUCACAAACUGCCAUACUUCGACCCAUCGGUGGGCGUGGAGAGUUUGACCAUCACGCCGAUAUCUAAGAACAACGCCACACAACGCGCGGGCCGAGCUGGGAGAACUUCCAUCGGGAAGUGUUAUAGGUUAUACACAGAAGCCGAGUACGACAAGUUGCCAGCGAGCGUCCCGCCUGAGAUGGCUAGAAGCGAUCUGUCUUCCAUGUUGUUACAGCUGAAGGCACUAGGAAUAGACAAUUUACUAAGAUUCACGUUCCCAACCCCGCCGCCAGCUAAGAGCCUCCUAGCAGGGCUGGAGACGCUGUACGCCCUGGGGGCGUUGGACAGCAGCGGCUCCCUCACGGCCGUUGGGCGCCGCGCGGCCGAGCUGCCUGUCAGGCCUAUGUGUGCCGCCAUGCUCUGCACCAGCGAUAAAUUCGGCUGUAUAGAUGAGGCGUUGUCAAUAGCAGCCAUGUUGCAAGUUGACAGCGUGUUCGUGAAGUCUGCCAGUGGCAAGGAGAAUAUUGCUGCCAAAGUGUGCAGGAGGAAUAACUUUGAGGUAGCAGAAGGCGACAUACUAAUGUACCUAAACAUAAUGGACUCAUAUUUGACCGUCAAGGCAUCACAUUCCGACGAGAAGCGAGCGAAGCGCGCCUGCAAGGAAUGGUGUCAUAGGAUGUACCUCAAUCAUAGGGUUAUGGAGAAGGCAUCGGAAAUAAGAGACAGCUUAGAAAAGCUAAUUAAAGGGAAAUUCCAAAUGGAAAACCAAGCUGUUGAAGGACUGGACUUGGGGUCAGAGAAGACCCGCCGCAUAAUGAAGUGCGUGCUAUCGGGCUGGUUCCCCCAAGCUGCUUAUCUGACUGUGGACAGUUGCUACCGCGGCAUCCGGGGCGCCACGCUGCAUAUCAGCCCCGACAGUGUCUUGUACCACAUGCAGCAGCCUAAAUGGGUGAUAUUCGCGAGUGUGCAGAGUACAGGAGACAAGACAUACAUGCGAGACACGAUGGUCAUACAGAAGGAAUGGUUACUGGAGAUCGCACCGCACUAUUACAAGGAGAUUUGACUUUAGACAGAAUAAAAAGUCUCCGCCCCGCACUGAUUCAUACCGGGCACGGACCUCACCUCUGGGUCUUACUUUAGUCUGACAACGUAAGGAUUAAGGCGGAGCGCGCGGACUGUCUAUCUCACUCGCACUUACGCGGUAAAAACCAGAUUUUUGUAUGGAGUGUCCGAUGUGUGCUUUAAGAAAUAAAUUAUUUUAAGUUUUUUUA